AAUCAAAAUUCGCGCUUCUCUCGACUUUCUCAGCGGAUAAUGUGGAAUAAUGGUGCAAGUCAGGGAGUAGGGUAUGGCAACGGCAACGACGAGGGAACGAGGAGAAAAACUCGCGCGUGAUAUAUCGUGGCGAAAUGUAGCGUGAAAUAAUAUAUGGGCGUAUGUAAAUAAUAUAUGCGCGAAUCGACAGAAUCAACGGGGGCGACAAUAUAAGUGAGAAAAAAAAAGCGGAACGGAGCUGAGUAGGGCGCCGUCGAGCGCCGCAUCCGGUCGCAUUGUCGCAAUACCAGCCAUCGGCCAUCACCAAUCGGCAGAACAUCGCAGAAUCCGGUUCCGUUCUCCACUUCUCCACCUCGAGUUUGAAUUCCGUAACGGUCGCAGCCUGCGGCGACAGGCGGCACGGCGAAUACGAACUGAUACGAACUGACGAGCGUGUCCCACCCUGUUUCCGUGACGGAGAUUGUCGCCUGUCGGAGGCAUCGUGGCGUGGGUGUACAUAAGUUAUACAUAGCAAAGCGUAGAGCGUAGAGCGUAGAGCGUAGAGCGUACGCCGUGUCGCCGGGAAGGCGACGCGACGCGACGCGACGCGCUCGCCUGACGUAAUGCACCUCGGAUUUUUGCGCGCGUAGGCAGAGACCAAGAGAUCGCCGCCAACCGAACGAUUAAUCCGAAGACUUCGCCUAGUUACCCGCCCACUCCCGCGUGUUUACUGCGCGCCGCUAAUUGAACGCUAUUCCAAUUUGCAUUAACGUCGCGCUGAUGACAGAUCCACCUGAUCGGUAUCUACUACUGCGCCGUACACCCGCUGCUGGAUCACGAUGGAGGACGCGAACGAGGUUUUGGCGUGCGCGGCUGAAUUCAUAAAAGAUCGAUUGUAUUUUAUAACAUUAAGAACAGCAAUGAAACCAAAAAGUAAUCCAAACACUCACUACUUCAGUAUUGACAACGAGUUGGUAUAUGAAAAUUUUUACUCCGACUUUGGUCCUCUAAAUCUGGCCGUGCUAUACAGAUACUGCCAAAAAGUUAAUAAGAAAUUAAAGGGCAUUGCACUCAGCAAAAAGAAACUCGUGCAUUAUACAACAAUGGAUUCGGAGAAAAGAGUUAAUGCUGCAUUUCUUAUAGGAAGUUACGCGAUAUUGUAUUGCAAGCGUACAGCACAAGAAGUUUAUGAAUGUUUAACUAAAAGUCCAAAUAGUCCUUCGUUUAUCAUGUUUCGUGAUGCCUCGGUUGGACCACCAUGCUAUCAGAUAUCGUUAAGAGACUGUUUAAGUGCUAUAUACAAGUGCCAUCGACUUGGUUUCUUUAAUUUCGAAGAUUUCUGUGUUAAAGAAUAUGAACACUUUGAAAGAGUUGAGAAUGGAGAUUUAAAUUGGAUAGUUCCUGGAAAGUUCAUUGCUUUCUGUGGUCCACAUGCGAGAUCUAAAAUGGAAGAUGGUUAUCCACUUCAUGGACCAGAAUGGUAUUUUACAUAUUUUCGCCGUAAUAACGUAACAACAAUUAUACGGCUUAAUAAGAAAGUUUACGAUGCAGCGAGCUUUACCGAUGCCGGUUUCAUUCAUAAAGAUCUAUUCUUUAUGGAUGGCUCAACGCCGACGGAUGCAAUAAUGCAUCAGUUUCUCAAAAUAGCGGAAAACGCAAGUGGCGCGGUUGCGGUACAUUGUAAAGCGGGUCUCGGUAGAACGGGUUCUCUCAUAGGUUGCUACAUUAUGAAGCAUUAUCAUUUAACGGCUCACGAAACAAUCGCCUGGAUAAGGAUAUGUAGGCCAGGUUCUGUAAUUGGGCAUCAGCAACAAUGGCUGGAGAGAAAAGAAAUGUAUCUUCGGUCAUUAUUGAAAGAGCCAUUGCAAUCUGAAAAUGGAAAUCCGGUGCAUGCAUAUGGAAUAUAUUCGAUAGCUGGUAGACCUAAAGCAGCCUUUUUCCAAGAAGAUGUGAAGAACCUGAUGGAGGAUAAUGUGUCAGGGAUAAUGCAUCGCGUGGAUGAAAUAAAAUUGGACGAUCCUGGACCAGCGGCUGGGGCUAGCGCCACAACCAGAUACAGUACGUUGACUCAAGGUGAUAAAUUGUGCAGAAUUAAAGCUAGAAGAAGAGGCAUAUCGACAGCUCAAACUUCUCUUAAUGCAAGUACAGGGACAUCUACCGUUGUGCACCCAUAUUUGGGACCCUUAUUACAAACCAGAAGUCAAAAAGGAACCAUUACUGCUUUAGUGGGAAAUAAAGAAAGAGAUCCCACCAAAAGGUUGUUAUCACGAUCCACCGCAACGACAGUCGUGAAAAGGUCUAAACCGGCAACACAGAGUCAUAACAUCAACAACAAUACAACUACUACCAAUCCUGUUACAUCUUUAACCGUAUCAAAACCAGUGAGAAGGGCAAAACGUACCUCCUGCAUGGCUGCACAGGCCCACGCUACAAACUCGUCUGCCAAUCAUUCAGUAUCGCAACCGCAACAACGCAUGAAUAUGAUCCUCAGAUCGGCAGACCGAGUUACUCGCUAUUCGCUCAGGCAUGGCGUUGGGGAGGACUGUCAGGUAACUGGAGCAUCUCACCAGCGCCGAAGAUCUCAUCGCUUAAACCCCAUCAUUCAGUAAAAAGCACUUCACUCUGAUCUUCAAUCCUUCAACUCGAGCAAGUUUUGCCCAGGCUUUUUUAUAUCAUAAAUCGACGAAGAUCAAACUAUAUCUCUACCAAAAUCAUCAACACUGCAUUAUUGAUUAAUAUGGUUUUGCCAUCAUGGGAUGGUAUCUGCAUCAUGAGAUAUGAAUUUGUUGCAGUGAUAUUUAAUAUAUAGCUUACACAGCUUUUAAUUGUUCUUCCAUAUAUCAGAGUAUUGCGAUGCGUUGAAUGUCUGCAAAAAAAAAGGAUAAUCAGAUUCUGUUAAUAAUAUUAUCUUUUAACUCUAAUAUCAUCUUUCUGCUGGUCAGAAUAAGCACUUGUAGAUAUAUAUAUUUUUUAAAUCAUUU